AAGGAAGCCACCAUGCAAGUGCUAACCGAUCGCUACCCCAAGAACUGCCUGCUGACCGUCAUGGACCGGUACUCGGCCGUGGUGCGCAACAUGGAGCAGGUGGUGAUGAUCCCCAGCCUUCUGCAGGAUGUGCAGCUGAGUGCACACGGGCACCAGGCCCAGGACCCCGAUCUCUACAACUGCUUCACCAUGCUCAAGGCCAUCCGCGUGGAUGUGGACCACGGGCUGCUGCCCCGGGAGGAGUGGCAGGCCAAGGUGGCAGCCCGCAAAGCCAACGUGGCUGAGAACGAAGCUGCAGAGACAGAGGAGGCCGAGGAGGAGAGGGUCUCAGGGCAGCUGGACCUAGAAGCCCAGUUCCACCUGCACUUCUCCAGCCUUCAUCAUGUCCUCACCCAUCUUACCCUGAAAGCCGAGGAGGUGACGAGGAAAUACCAGGAGAUGCUGGGACAGGCCAUGUAG